AUGAUGCAACAAGCAAUUCUAUACAUGUUUCUUCAUUACGGUUGCGGCCUACAUGCCUCGACUUUGUCACCCUACCAGCUGGAGAAAAUUACUAUGAAUAUCGUCACGGAUGUCAUAAUUCUCGUCCUCCCGAUACGAACCAUCUGGAAACUGAACAUGUCUCGGCGCAAGAAAUUCGCAGUCACCGGAGUGCUGGGUUUUGGUGCAUCUUCGGUGGUCGUGGCUGCGUGUCGCUUUAUCGUCCUCGCGGAACUGGGCACUACCAAAGACCCCUCGUACGUCCUGGGGAACAUGGUCAUCGUCGCGGCAUUCGAGAUACAGCUGGCGAUAGUGGCAGUGAACCUGCCGGCAAUGAGAGCACUGUAUUCUGGGAUGACGGGCGGCUCCAGCAACGACCAGUCCGAACCGAUCAGCGGCAGCAACGGCUACAAGCUCUCGUCCAUGGACGCAAGGGGUAAAAGGCUGCGCUCCACGACAUCGAGGAAAAACCCGGCUGCGCCUGUCGUCGACAUAAGCAUCACCCGCCAUCUUGCUACUGAGUCGGAAGAAGAGCUUUGGCAGCGCGAACAUCAGGGCAAGGUACAAGUGACCAAGACUGUGGAGAUAAAUUCUUUUCAGAGCGAUACCGACUCCGAUGCUAGUCGCAAAUAG